GGUGCAUUCGCUUCUGUAGUGUUGAACAAUCAGUUGUGAACUUCCGUCGAUACAUCCCCCCUAUGAGCUGCUUGCAUCGCACCGUGCGCCGCCACCCGUCGCUGCUUUCCAAGACGCAUGUCGCGUUCUUCUCCUCCUACCUGGACCGGCCCACGAGCUUUCCUCUGAAAAAGGUCAAGGUCGUGCUGCUGGAGAAUAUCCAUCCGCGGGCGAUUGAGAUCUUUGAAAACGAAGGGUACACGAUCGAAACGUACAAGGGCGCGCUGUCGGGCCAAGAGCUCAUCGAUGUCGCCGGGGACGCCAACAUCCUUGGGAUUAGAUCCAAGACGCAGCUAGAUCGAUCGUUCUUUGAAUCCAUCGGGUGGCACAACCACCGGUUGUGGGCGGUCGGGUGCUUUUGCAUUGGCACCAACCAAGUCGACCUCGCAGGUGCGGCGAAGUACGGUGUGCCCGUGUUCAACGCUCCGUUCUCCAACACGCGCAGUGUCGCAGAGAAGACGUUGUGCGAAAUCAUCGCGCUGCAGCGCAAACUGUUUGAGCGGUCCACGGACCUCCACACAGGUCUAUGGAAGAAGUCUGCUACGGGCGCGCACGAAGUGCGCGGCACGACCCUUGGGAUCAUUGGGUAUGGUCGCAUUGGGUCGCAGGUGUCCGUGCUGGCCGAGCUGCUCGGCAUGAAAGUGGUAUUUUACGACCCGCUCAAAUGUCUGCCCCUGGGGAAUGCCACGCAACUGGACUCGCUGCAAGAACUGCUCCAGGUCGCGGACGGCGUGACGCUGCACGUACCGGCCACAAGCGACACGAAGAACAUGAUCAAUGCCGACACGAUUCAGUUGAUGAAGCCUGGGAGCUUCGUCAUCAACAACGCCCGAGGCACGGUCGUGGACUUGCAUGCUUUGGCGGAUGCGCUCAAGUCGGGUCAUCUCAGCGGGGCGGCAGUGGACGUGUUUCCAGUUGAGCCAGCCAAGAACGGCGAAUCGUUCUCGACGCCGUUGCAAGGCCUGCCAAAUGUGAUCUUAACCCCGCACAUUGGCGGCAGCACAGAGGAAGCCCAAGGCAACAUUGCCGUUGAAGUCGCUUCGAAAUUGGUGCGGUUUCUAAACGAAGGCACGAGCACGACCGCGACCAACAUCCCCGAAGUCGACUUGGGCGUACCGGUGUCGGGCAACAUUCGCAUUUUGCACAUGCAUCACAACGUCCCGGGAGUGCUGAGCAAGAUCCACGCCGUCCUGUCGGACUAUGGCAUCAACGUGAGCGCGCAGUUCCUUCAAUCGAACUCGCAGCACAGCUACAUCAUCCUCGAAGUCGAGCCCUUCCACGCCAAACUCAUCACGCGCGAACUCAAAAAGAUCAAGGAGACCAUCUUCCUGCGCGCGUUGCUAUAAUAGACACACAACCACAGGCGACGGCGUCACAUAUGCACGCACUACUGUGGAAAUAGACUUGGAUUCGUCUUCGACCCCCCUGCGUUCGACCACACAGGGGAACAACGGAUAGAUAAACUAUGCUUCAUCACGUUGUCGCAGGGUUUACGAAGCGGACAACAACCCUACGACGCGAUCAUUUGGACCUACAUAUCGGCUCUCAAUAGAGAGUUGCUAGCGUUACAUAAUGUGGAGUAUAUAGUGG